UCAUUUCACUCAUUACGCUCGUAAGCUGGCCCUUCCUGGCCUGGCCGAUGGCCCGAGAAGCCUGAAAGCAGAGAGAGAGCCUGCGUUGCGCCUUACCGUCCCCGGUUUCUUUAUCUGGCCACCCCGGACCCCAAGCCAUUGUGCGUCCCCGCGAGCUCUUCUUUCUUGGCCCAACCGGGGAACUAUACGAAAUAUCCUCCUGCAUCGCGAAAUACCCGAUGACCUAGCAAUGAAGGGGAAGAUGGACGGCGCGGCGAGAAGAGCAGAGAGAGUCGCCCAGCGCGUCCUUCCCGACCGCCCACAUCACCUUUGCAUCGACGCGAAGCGCCGAUAUCCGACACCGUCCGGUUUUUGGUUCACCGGCCAGAGUGCGCGCCUGCAGUACAUGACAUACCUCUCGGAUGCGGACCGAGGAGUGCUCCUGACUCUGCCCUUCUUUGAGAUCUGCGACGAACUUGACACAAUCAAGCCGCCGAUGGCCGCCGCACGAGGCGAGGCGAAGAAGAAGAUGACAUUCAAGGACUACCAAAAUAAGAAGAAGUCGACCUCGCCAGCGGACAAUGACCCAUCGGCGAAGGUCGACUCGCAACCGCCCGACACGGCCCCGGCCAAACAGAGCGGAAGGAAGGACAACCCCAAACCCAACGAUCGCGAUACCCACGAAGAUGCUCGGCCGGACAAGUCGCGGCCGGAGACAAACUACGAGAGAUCCAAGAACCCCUCCCUACCCAGGCCAGAGUCGACCAGCGCGCGUGUGUCGGAAAGCCGAAAACGACACUCGGAUACAGAGCAGGUCUCGCCUCCGCAAAAGAAAACCAAGACAGAAGCCACCGCGCCAGAGCUCGAUGCGUCUCGCAAACCCAGAGCCGACACCCCUAAGAGCGCUCGAGAUACGGCGAACGGCAAGAGCGCGCACAAAGAGACAAAGGGCACCACCCUGGUGCCAGCCGUUAAUGGGCGAAGCCGCGCGAGAAGCGAUAUGGACCGCGCAUCUCCGGCGUCGAGUAUUCACGUAAACGGGGUCGCACCGGCAAAGGCCGAAACUGCUAUAAAACCAGCACUUCCAGAAUUACUCUCUCCCCUUCGACUCGGGUUUGACGAAGAAAUGGACAGUCCGACGAGGACGGCCAGGAAGCAAUCAGAGAAAGAGCAAAAGGACAGUGGCCGCUCUCAGGGCGAUGGCCGCACCAGAGUGCCAGAUCUAUUAUCACCCCUCCGCCUUGGUUUGGGUGAGGAGCAAGGCGACCUAGAAUGGAAGCUGGCAGAGAAAGGAGAGGAAGCAAGAGCGCGGGAGGCCGAUGACAACUCGAUGUCUAAGAAGCAGAAAUUGCUCAAGAAAAUCCCCCCGCUUCUGUCCCCAACUCUCCCUCCUAUUAUUGAGGAAGAGCUAGCCCGCUGGCUUAAGGAGUUCCCGCCGGAAGAUUGGGGCCAGGGGGAAAGCCAAGCCUCUCAGUCACCGGCCGACGUACAGAAAGGGAAGGGUCUACUAUGCGACGAGGACGAAGAGAAGCGGCCGUCGCGUAUUGUGGUCCUAAAGUACAGGAAGAAGAACGCCCGCACAGUCUCGGCGAUUCUAGCGCUGCCCUCGAAAUCGCACAAGGAGGCCUUGAAAAAGGAACGAUCGAUAAGCCUCGAGCGUACACCACCUCCGCAUUCCAGAAAGCGGCCUUUCCCAGCAGAGGAGCAGGCCUUUGAUCCCUCGUCAAAGCGAAGCAAACCAACGGCGGAGCCAUGGUCGACAAAAUCUGGUGUUCCGUCCACGCCUCUCAAGAACUCGGCCACGGCCAUGUCCCGUGUCACGUCCAACACUUCGCAGGCGCACACGCCCGGGGACCCGACCGGCUUCACGCCCAGCGUCGCAGACCGGCCCCUCACAAGUUCCGACAACAUAGACCACGCGAGCGGCGCCAAGGCCGCGACGCUCCGGCAACGGCAGGCCGAGUACACGAGCCUGGGCGGCAAGCUGAAGCACACCAAGGACGACAUCCUCCGCCGCCGCGGCGGGGCCGCCGCGGCGCUAUCGACGGCGGAGGAGAAGCGGGUCGCGGCGCUCCACUUCGAGAUGGUGCUCGCCUACAUGGUCGCCUUCAACGCGCUCAACCAGGCGCGGGCGCUCGACCGCAAGGUCGCCGACAUCACGACGUGGGAGACGCUCCUGCCGCACCUGCCGGAGCUGAAGCACCGCCUGCGGCGCUGCCGGCCACUGCUCGCGCUGGCGACGCAGAUGCACGCCGUGUGCCUGGAGCAGAUCACGCACGCCUUCAUGACGCUGGACCCGACGUCGGUAACGCUCGCGCACGCGAGCUGGGCCAAGCAGGAGAAGAGGCGGGUGCCGACGUGGGCCGAGGCCGCGGCACUCCUGGAGGAGGUCGCCGACGACAGGAUGAGGGCCUCCAUCGGGCCGUGGACGGCCGUCGACGACGCCGUCGCGUCCGCGCUGGCCAUCAUGCGGAGGUGGGCCGACCGGGAGGGCGUCACCUGGCGGCCCGAGGUGACGGUGCCGGCGAGGAAUCCUUGACAAAAGAGGUUGGGUUUCCAGGUACUUUUUUCCACGGAGCUUUUUUGGUAUUUUCUCUUAUUACCAUUUUCUACUUUUGUCAUACGGACGAGCAGCGUCGGGAGCUGCUUAGAGGAAAAACGCAAAUACCCCGAUUAUAU